AUGUCGAACGUAACGACCUCAGCGAAGAUUGGAAAACCACCAAAUAAUACGAGGGACUACAACAUCAUCAGGGGUAUCUACCGACAGUAUGGCGUUACCACACUCGACCCCAGUCUAGGCUACCUCUUUGCCGCAAAAGAGCCCGCAAACGCCGUCCACGAGUCGAAGCAAGGUGCCAUCAUCGCAGGAAUGGUUGUCGUCCUGCUCGCCAUCAUAGUACCGACAGCAGGAAGACUUUGGGUUCGAGGGCGGGGAGCACAAACCAAGUUUGGAUGGGACGACUGGGUCAUCAUAGCGGCAGCGAGUCUAGCGGUGGUAUAUCCGAUACUACAGAUCCUCGUCGUCGUCGACGCAGGAGGCGGCACGCAUACCUGGGAGAAUACCUACGACGACUACCAGUUCUACUCGUACUACCUUACCAUUUGCCGGCUUCUAUACUACCCUACGGUCGGUAUCAUCAAGAUAUCCAUCACUCUCUUUAUCAGACGGCUGGUCGACACAGCGUACAGGACGUGGAGGAUUCUAGCGGAUAUCUUCCUCGUCACGGUUGUUGCCUAUGUCAUUGCCGCUUUGUUCUGGAGCAUCUUCCUUUGCAAUCCGCCACGGGCUGUCUGGGAUAGAGAGUUUGCAGGAGCUUUGGCAGAGCCAGCGACGUGUGGAAACCAGUUCCUCAGUGCAAAGGUUCUUAGCAUCAUCCACGUCGUGCAGAGUAUCCUCCUCCUGGCAACACCAAUUAUCAUAUUGUGGAGUAUUCGUAUCGACAGGGGCAAGAAGAUUAGGCUCUUCAUCAUCUGGGCUGCGGGAGGGUUGACCGUCACUGGCGGUCUGUUACAACAGCUGCAGCCAUUCACGUCAACAGAUAUUUUCUGGGACUACACCAUCAUCUUGAGAUGGACGGUACUCGACAUAUCUAUGGGCAUCGUGACGGCCUCACUACCGGUGCUCGACGCGGCCAUUAUGGGAUCAUGGCACGCGGCGAAAUCUACACUCGGGCUCUCGAACCCAGACAAGCAGAAUAGCAGGGGGACGAAGGGUACCAGGGGAACAAACCCCGAGACAAUCAGUUCCGGGCCACGGAAAAAUUAUGCCAGCUCGGCCGAGAAUAUUGUUGGCAAGGACGAUGGCCUGGAGAUGGACGUUAUUCAACACAACGGCCCCGACGACACGGGUGACAAUUACUCGAUUCCAGACACUACGGGCCAUGACAGACGGCACAGAGUCAACAACAUGGUAUGA